GAGGGCCGGGGACGGGAAGAGGGCGGAGAGCGGAGGCCCCGGAGCGCCUCUCUGGCCCCCCUAUCGCACGCGCUUCUCGACUGCUCCGGACCGGCGUGGUAUUGUGGGAUCGCGGCGCCCGGGCCUGAGACUCUCGCCGCCGCCGGGGCGUCCACUCGAGAGAACGAGCGAGCGCCUCCUGUCGUCCGCAUAGCGGCCCUGCCGGCCCUCGGCUCCCCCCAACUCCUCCCGCCGCCGCCGCCCCCCCCAUCCCCUCCUCCUCCAUCCUCCAGUUCAAAAUGGCGACGGCGGCGGCGGCGGCGGCGGCGGCGAUGGCUCCUCCGGGCUGCCCGGGUUCGUGCCCCAACUUCGCCGUCGUCUGCUCCUUCCUGGAACGCUACGGGCCGCUGCUGGACCUGCCCGAGCUGCCCUUCCCCGAGCUGGAGCGGGUGCUGCAGGCGCCGCCGCCGGACAUCGGCCACGGAGAAGUACCAAAAGAAUUGGUGGAGCUCCAUUUGAAGUUGAUGAGGAAGAUUGGCAAAUCCGUUACAGCAGAUAGAUGGGAAAAAUACUUGAUCAAGAUAUGCCAAGAGUUUAACAGUACCUGGGCAUGGGAGAUGGAGAAAAAAGGCUAUCUUGAAAUGAGUGUGGAGUGCAAACUAGCACUCUUAAAGUAUCUCUGCGAGUGUCAGUUUGAUGACAAUCUUAAAUUCAAGAAUAUAAUUAAUGAGGAGGAUGCUGAUACUAUGCGUCUCCAGCCAAUUGGGCGGGACAAAGAUGGCCUCAUGUACUGGUACCAGUUGGAUCAAGACCACAAUGUCAGAAUGUACAUAGAAGAACAAGAUGAUCAAGAUGGCUCUUCUUGGAAAUGCAUUGUCAGAAAUCGAAACGAGUUGGCUGAGACUCUUGCACUCCUGAAAGCACAAAUUGAUCCUGUACUAUUGAAAAACUCUAGCCAACAGGAAGACUCUUCCCGGGAAAGUCCCACUCUAGAGGAUGAGGAGACUAAAAAAGAGGAAGAAACACCUAAACAAGAGGAAUCGAAGGAAAAUGGAAAGACGAAAGGUGAUGGGCAGCCAGGAGAUCCCAUCAAGCGGUCUGUGGCCAAUGUUCUAGAAGAGACAGCUGUGAAGACUGAAAAGGAGGAGGAAAAGGAGCUCGUGAAACUGCCUGUCAUUGUAAAGCUCGAAAAACCUCUGCCAGAAACAGAGGGGAAAAAGAUCAUCAGAGAGGAAAGCGAUUCCUUCAAGGAAAAUGUCAAACCCAUUAAGGUAGAAGCGAAGGAAUGCAGAGUGGACUCCAGGGAUCUCAAGGGCAGCUCGGAGAGACUGGGCACACAGGAGCCUGAGCGAGUAGACUUUGGUGGCAAUAUCCGAUCAUCUCAGGACGUCCCAGAGAAAUCUUCUGAGGAAACAGAGAAGCUUAGAAAUGACCAGCAAGCCAAGAUACCACUCAAAAAACGUGAAAUUAAGCUGAGUGAUGAUUUUGACAGACCUUUGUGUAAGUCAGCUACUCCAACAAAAGAAUUUUUGAAAGAAGAAAUAAAACAAGAGGAAGAGACUUGUAAACGGCUGUCUGCCUCCAGUGCUCUGAGUCACGAAGGGAAACAGCUAGUGAAUGGGGAAAUUAGCAAUGACAAGCUAACUCCAACUCUUAAGCCAGAACAAAUGGAGACACAGCUUUGUGAGACAAAGGAAGAUGGUUCUAGCAUCCCCUAUAAGGACGGAAAUGCUGUCAUGGAGGGAAAUGGUGCCGAGAGCUUCAAUUCUGUCUCAGCAAGCUCAAAGAUAAGUGAGCUUGAGAAAGAAGUCCCUUCAGGAAAUGGUGUAGAUAGCUCUGUGUCUACCGUAGAGAGCCUCAGUCAGAAGGGAUGGUCAGAGGAGUCUGCGCCUCCAAAUGUGGAAAUGCCUCUUGAGCCUUCGGAGACAGCGACUGAUCUCUCUUUAAAACCCUCGCCAUCUGCCACUGAAUCCUGUACGGCGAAAGUCGAAGAGAAGGCCCCCAAAAGUAAGAAUGAGACCCACACUCCAGGCAUAGAAUGCCCGGAAGAAGUGGAGAAGGCCAAGAAGACUGUUGCUGAUAAGGAAAGGCUGAGUCCAGUACCCAAGGAGGCUGUCAGGAGUCCUCGAGACUCAGAGAAGCCAGGUCCUUGUGACGUGACUGAAACUUCCCUCCCACCCGAGAUGACUGGCCCCAAGGAGAAACUGGCUUCAGAAAAAAAGGAAUGUCUAGAUAGAGGGUCAAGUGAAGGCCAGUCCCUGGAAAAUUCAAGCCCAGAAAUUCUAAAAGAGGAUUCUGAGUCCAGGCAGGUAGAAACGGCUAAUCUGGACACUGUCCAGGCUUCUGGCGUGGAGGGUACUUCUGAGACCAGGAAGGUAGAAACGGCUAGUCUGGACAAUGUCCAGGCCUCUGAGACAAAGGGCUCUGCACAAAAGAACAAAUUCAAAUAUAAGUUAGUUCCUGAAGGAGACAGCACUGCUUCAGAAAACAGAGAGAUCACCUCUGAAAGGCAGAAGGAAGGCAUCAAGUUGACAAUUCGGAUAUCUAGUCGGAAGAAGAAGCCAGAUUGCCCCCCACAAAUUGUAGACUCUGAAAGCAAGGAAGAGAAGGUGGGGAAGGAAGAAGAGAAAACAAGCGUGGGGCGUACUUUAAGAAGGUCUCCAAGAAUAUCUAGACCCACAGCGAAAGUAGCCGAGAUCAGAGAUCAGAAAGCUGAUAAGAAGAAAGGGGAAGGAGAAGAUGGAGUGGAAGACGAGCCAGCAGCUUUGCAGAGAACAGACAAGAAGGAUCACUUGAAAAAAGCAGAAAAGGAUACAAGUUCUAAAGUGAGCAAGGUAAAACCUAAAGGCCGAGUCCGCUGGACUGGUUCCCGGACGCGUGGCAGGUGGAGAUACUCCAGCAACGACGACAGUGAUGGCUCUGACAGUGAGAAGUCCUCUGCGGCCUCGGAGGAGGAGCGGGGCAAGGAGAGUGAGGAAGCCGUCCUUCCAGAGGAUGAUGAGCCCUGCAAGAAAUGCGGCCUCCCGAACCACCCAGAACUAAUUCUCCUGUGCGAUUCCUGCGACAGUGGCUACCACACCGCCUGCCUCCGGCCCCCACUGAUGGUCAUCCCCGAUGGGGAAUGGUUCUGCCCUCCUUGCCAGCAUAAACUACUGUGUGAAAAAUUAGAAGAACAAUUGCAAGAUUUGGACGUUGCUUUAAAGAAGAAAGAGCGUGCUGAGCGAAGGAAAGAACGCUUGGUGUAUGUUGGUAUCAGUAUCGAAAACAUCAUUCCUCCACAAGAACCAGAUUUUUCUGAAGAUCAAGAAGAAAAGAAAAAAGAUGCAAAAAAAUCCAAAGCAAACUUACUAGAAAGGAGAUCAACAAGAACAAGGAAAUGUAUAAGCUACAGGUUUGAUGAGUUCGAUGAAGCGAUUGAUGAAGCUAUAGAAGAUGAUAUCAAGGAGGCUGAUGGAGGGGGGGUCGGCAGAGGAAAAGAUAUCUCCACCAUCACAGGUCACCGUGGGAAAGACAUCUCUACUAUUUUGGAUGAAGAACGGAAGGAGAACAAACGGCCUCAGAGAGCAGCUGCUGCCCGCAGAAAGAAACGCCGGCGACUUAAUGAUCUUGAUAGUGACAGCAACCUAGAUGAGGAAGAGAGUGAGGACGAAUUCAAGAUCAGUGACGGAUCUCAGGAUGAGUUCGUUGUGUCUGAUGAAAACCCAGAUGAAAGCGAAGAAGAUCCGCCGUCUAAUGAGGACAGUGACAUGGACUUCUGUGGCCGCAGACUGAGGCGGCAUCCGUCUCGACCAAUGCGGCAAAGCAGGCGCUUGCGGAGAAAAACCCCAAAGAAAAAGUAUUCUGAUGAUGACGAAGAGGAGGAGGAGUCCGAGGAGAACAGUAGAGACUCCGAAAGUGACUUUAGCGAUGACUUUAGUGACGAUUUUGUAGAAACUCGGCGAAGACGAUCAAGAAGGAACCAGAAAAGACAAAUUAACUACAAAGAAGAUUCAGAAAGUGAUGGUUCCCAGAAAAGUAUACGACGUGGUAAAGAAAUCAGGCGAGUCCACAAGCGCAGGCUCUCCAGCUCGGAGAGUGAAGAGAGCUAUAUGACCAAGAACUCUGAAGAUGACGAGCUAACGAAAGAGUCUAAGCGAUCUGUUCGGAAACGGGGCCGAAGCGCGGAUGAGUACUCAGACGCAGAUGAGGAUGAUGAAGAGGAAGGCAAACCAUCCCGCAAGCGGCUCCACCGCAUUGAGACGGAUGAGGAGAGCUGUGACAAUGCUCGUGGAGAUGCAGAGCAGCCUCCCCAGGACAGCCAGCCCCGGGUCCUGCCCUCAGGGCAGGAGAGCAGCAAGAAGCCCUAUCGGAUAGAAAGCGAUGAGGAAGAGGACUUUGAAAACGUGGGCAAAGUAGGGAGCCCAUUGGACUACAGCCUAGUGGACUUGCCUUCCACCAACGGGCAGAGCCCGGGCAAAGCCAUUGAGAACUUGAUGAGCAAGCCAACUGAAAAGUCCCAGACCCCCAAGGACAACGGCACGGCCAGUGCGAAUCUAGCCCCCAAUGGGACAAGUGGUGGACAGGAGGUGGGGGCCCCAGAGGAGGACGAAGAUGAGCUUUUGCGAGUGACUGACCUUGUUGAUUAUGUCUGUAACAGUGAACAGUUAUAAGACUUCUUUCCAGUUUUGUGCUAAUUUAUUCCACGGUAGCUCUCACCAGCGGGCCAGUUAGUAAAAGCUGUUUAAUUUUCCUAGAAAACGCCACCACGGAACGACUUUUUACAAGAGAAAUUUCAACAAAUCCCGAAGUCUUUCUGUGAAGUGACCAGUUUUGAACUUUGAAGAUUAAUAAUUGCUGUAAAUUCCUUUUGAUUUUCUUUUUCCAAGUUCAUGGUCCUUGGUAAUUUCAUUCAUGGGAAAAAAAAUCUUAUUAUAAUAACAACAAAGAUUUGUAUAUUUUUGACUUUAUAUUUCCUGAGCUCUCCUGACUUUGUGAAAAGUGUGGAUACGAAUGCAUUCCGAAUCUGUGAGGGCCCAAAGCAGACUUCGGGCGGGAGAAGCACUUGCGCUCUAGCUUUUCAUAUUAAAUAUAUAUUAUAUUUAAACACUCAUGGCAUAGAUGGUGAUUAACAAGCUGUUUAAAGGUCCAGUCUACUGUUGCAGUUUGAGAAUUGUAGAUACAACACCGUACAUACGUCACUUAGUAGUAGCCUUCGUGAAAUCAGUUUGUUUGCUCUUGGAGUUACCACGCAUUAAUAAAGAAGAGACCAUGGAAGUACAUUAUAACAACAGUUUAACCUAAGUUUCUGUUACAGUAGAGUUUCUUGUUUUUAAAAAAAAAAUCAGACACACAGAAUCAUCUGAAAAGCAUCUGUAUAGGAAAUGUUAUACCACUGCUCCGGCAACCAGAUCAUGAGAGCAGAGAGUCUGGAGUAGCUUGCAUGCUGUAGUUGUAUGAUGGCCUCUGCACCGUGUCAGGUGGGGAGCUGGUGCAGAGUGAGUGUGGGUUUCCUACUGUGCGGGUACACUGUAGUCGUGUGAGCUCUUCCGGCCAUGUGGUGUUAACUAGCUGAGAUGUGGUUUCAGUGUAAUCCAUCUAAACAUAGCCUAUAUGGAGAUGCUAAGCUGACAGUGGUCUGUUAGCACAUCUGAAGACCCAGAAGGGGUUUCAGGUGAAUUCUCACUGGUCUGUCCUUACCCUUUAGUAUCUACUUCAAAUUGAAGUCUACAAGCAAAGCAGUUCCUUUGGGAGGUUUUUAUUUUUGAGUUUAAGUGUGUGUGUGUGUGUGUGUGUGUGUGUGUGUGUGUGUGUGGUGGAAUUUUCUAUCUGCCUGGAUACAUUAGCAGGAUUUGAAUGUAGUUCUGGCAUUUGGCCAUUCUGUACGUCUAUUAAAAUCCAUUGAUAGUCACACAAACAACAGACCUGCGAGCCGCUGGUUUGCUUCCAUUCUAAACCUCUCAACACUCGAAGGAUUCGCCCUGUGCUUGGAGAAUCGGCAGUUUCUGAUGAGCUAACGGAACAUUGCUGGCACUAGAACGGGAACUUGAUCUUAGUUUCUGGCACAGCCCUAAGCCCGUUAAGCUGUAGAAUUUGUGACUCUUCCCGCCUGGCACGGCCUGAAGCCUUCAGCGUUGCUUCAGUGCGUGCCUUUGCCCGGGAUCCAGGUUCUCUGUUCCAGUGUUGUCUGUUGCCGGCAAUAGACGGACCGUAUCUGCUGCUGGCCCGGGGAACGUCAUUCUUCUUUUACAAUUAAGCAUUGUAUGUUGUAGCCCGUGUACAGUAGACCACUUCUUUGAUAUCAUUAAGAGCUGGCAUCCUACAGACCUCUCUGGAAACCUCGUGCUCCUACUUUCUGCUCCUUCACAAAUCUUGCCUUCCGGCCUUUAAAGUUUAGUGCUGAUUUUAUUCUUUCUGUUACUGGAUUUCUGUUUCACUUUAGUUCCGAAGAACUUGAGCAAUAAUAUUUUUGCUUUGAUUGUAGUGAUGAACUUGUGUUUGCGUAACAAUGAAACA